GAAUGUUGCGUACAAUGGGGACCUUAGGGUGACGCUCUCGAAUUCCAGCCCAUUUCGAGCUAUGCUCCGAGAACCAAGUUCCAUAAUAAAAUCCAUCCCGCGAGACGUUUAAACCCUCUCCGAGUCCCACCUUCCCUCCCUCCCUCCCUCCGCCCUUUAGGUUCUGUAGAUUAUCUUCUUGAAAAGGAAAACCAGUCUUUGCCGUCAAUCUCUCUCUCUCUCUCUCUCUCUCUCUCUCUCUCUCUCUCUCUCUCGCUCGCUCUCUGUAGUUUUCUCUGUUGAGAGCUGUGGAUAGCAGGUGGAGAUGAGCAGUUCGAGAAGUCUUCUUCUACGGAUCGGCGAUAAAUGCCCCGAGUAUGGCACCAAUGCUGACUUCAAAGAGCACAUUGAAACAUGCUUUGGCGUAGUUCGCCGGGAGUUAGAGCACUCCAAGGAUGAAAUUUUGCCUUUCUUUCUCCAAUGUGCUGAACAAUUGCCUCACAAGAUUCCUUUAUAUGGGACAUUGAUUGGUUUGCUGAACUUGGAAAAUGAAGACUUCGUUAGAAAAGUAGUGGAGAAUACUCAAACUAAUUUGCAGAAUGCCCUAGAUCUGGGAAAUUGCAACCAGAUUCGGAUUAUGUUGCGGUUCCUCACUGCUAUGAUGUGCAGUAAAGUUGUACAACCAGGCUCUCUUGUGGUUGUCUUUGAAACGUUAUUAUCCUCGGCUGCUACAACUGUGGAUGAGGAGAAAGGAAAUCCUUCCUGGCAAGCACGUGCUGACUUUUACGUAACUUGCAUCUUAUCCUGUCUCCCUUGGGCUGGAAUAGAACUCGUUGAGCAAGUUCCUGAGGAGAUUGAUAGAGUUAUGGUUGGCCUAGAAGCUUAUUUGAGCAUCAGAAGGCAUUCUUCAGAUGUUGGAUUCUCCUUUUUUGAGGAUGAGGAAACUGGGAAAGCUGCUGAUGGGAAGGACUUCUUGGAAGAUUUAUGGGGUCGUAUACAAGUUUUAUCAAACAAUGGGUGGAAACUUGAUAGUGUUCCGAGACCACACCUCUCAUUUGAACCUCAGCUAGUUGCUGGAAAGUCACAUGAUUUUGGUCCAAUUAGUUGUCCUGAACAACCAAAUUUGCCUGCAACGCUUUCUGGAAUCACUUUUGGGAUACAAAAGCAUGAUGCGGAGUUGAAAUAUCCUCAAAGAUUACGAAGACUUAACAUAUUUCCUGCAAAUAAAUUUGAGGAUCUACAGCCUAUUGAUCGUUUUGUUGUGGAAGAGUAUUUGCUGGAUAUACUGUUGUUCUUCAAUGGCUGUCGAAAGGAAUGUGCUUCGUACAUGGUCGGUCUGCCAGUUCCCUUUCGAUAUGAAUAUCUAAUGGCAGAGACUAUAUUUUCUCAGUUACUUUUGCUACCACAGCCCCCAUUCAAGUCGUUAUAUUACACUUUGGUUAUUAUUGACCUCUGUAAGGCUCUUCCUGGGGCCUUUCCUGCGGUUGUUGCUGGUGCAGUCCGUGCUUUGUUCGAAAAAAUAUCUGAUCUAGAUAUGGAGUGCCGAAUGCGACUCAUCCUUUGGUUCUCCCACCACCUGUCAAACUUUCAGUUCAUCUGGCCAUGGGAAGAGUGGGCUUAUGUUUUAGACCUCCCAAAAUGGGCCCCACAGCGUGUGUUUGUUCAAGAAGUUUUGGAGAGAGAGAUUCGUUUGUCAUACUGGGAUAAAAUUAAACAGAGCAUCGAGAAUGCACCUGGUUUAGAAGAGUUGCUUCCCCCAAAGGGUGGGCCAAAUUUUAAAUAUAGUAUAGAAGAUGGUAAAGUACAAACUGAACAACAUGUGCUUUCUGUGGAACUCAAUGGCAUGGUGAGAGGAAGAAAAAGUGCCCGUGAAAUUAUUUUAUGGAUAGAAGAAAGUUUAUUUCCCCUUCAUGGUUUAGACAUUACAGUUCAAGUGGUUGUUCAGACACUUCUCGACAUUGGGUCAAAAAGCUUUACUCAUUUGAUCACUGUCUUGGAGAGAUAUGGCCAAGUCAUUGCAAAGAUAUGUUCUGAUCAGGAUAAGCAAGUCAUGCUCAUUUCUGAAGUAAGUUCUUACUGGAAGAACAGUGCACAGAUGACAUCUAUAACAAUUGAUCGAAUGAUGGGUUACCGGCUUAUAUCUAAUUUGGCUAUUGUGAGAUGGGUGUUCUCUCCAGAAAAUGUUGAGCAAUUUCAUACAUCAGAUCGUCCAUGGGAGAUCCUUAGAAAUGCAAUUAGCAAGACAUACAAUCGUAUUUGUGAUCUGAGGAAAGAGAUUGCGUCCCUCCAGAAGGGUGUUGUGUCAGCUGAAGAAGCUUCAGCAAUGGCUAAAUCAGAGUUGGAUGCUGCUGAGUCAAAAUUAAUGCUUGUGGAUGGUGAACCUGUUCUUGGUGAAAACCCUGUGAGGUUGAAACGAUUGAAAUCGCAUGCUGAAAAGGCAAAAGAGGAGGAAGUGUCUGCACGUGAGUCUUUAGAGGCUAAAGGGGCUUUACUUGCUCGAGCUCUCGAGGAAAAUGAGGCAUUGUUCAUCUCUCUGUACAGAAAUUUCUCAAAAGUGCUGAUUGAACGCUUGCCAGAUGCAUCUGGAGAUCAAACAGCGUGGAGCCUACGAUCUACUCAGACAAAUGUACUGGCUGUUGACCUUGAAAGUUCGUCAGUGAUGGAUGUUGACAAUGAGAAUGAAAAAAUCAAACGAAGCCAGCUGAAUGGCGAGAAACCAAGUAGUGGCUAUAAUUUGGGUGAAAAGGAGCAAUGGUGUUUGUCUAUGCUGGGAUAUGUCAAGGCUUUCUCCAGGCAAUAUGCUUCUGAGAUAUGGCCUCACAUUGAGAGGUUAGAUGGGGAGGUUUUGACAGAAGAUGUGCAUCCUCUUUUCCGAAAAGCAGUUUAUUCUGGUCUGCGCCGACCAAUCAGUGAUGGUGUAGUCUGUUAAAUUUUCUUGGAACAUAAAAUGUCUUUAUUUUUAGUUAUUUUAUUUAUUUUAUAUCGUUUUCUUUCGAGCUUUGUUAUUGCAUCAAUGUAAAAUAGGGGAAAAAAAAAAAAUUUUUGUUUUUUUUUUGAAUUGCGGCAGAGCUUGUUGUCAAAGCGACUUCUAUACAUUUUUAUUUGAGAGGAAAAGUGCAAUUUGACAGAUGAAAAACCAAGUGACUGUCUGGAGGCUACAGGGGGUGCUGAAAAUCCGCUUCUUUUUCUCCAGGGGGAUGCUAUUAUCAAGCAUUAUAUUGCAACUCGUUAGGCUGCUUUUAUGAUUGUUGAAUCAAAUUGGCCCAUUGUGGUUCUGGAAGGACAGCCCUAAUGCAGUCCGCAAUUUGAUGCUCAUUGUGCCAGGAAUUGGUCGUGAUUUAGUAUUUAGCUUUAACUGUUAGCCAAGCUAAAUGAAAUUGAAUUUAUUUUAUUUAUUAGUUUUGAGACAGCAGUGUGAUCUGUGUUUUAAAUUUUUUAUAUGAGUUUGAUUUGAUUUGGUUAGAACUCAAAAGAAGCAGAAAGCGAGACAGAUUUGACCAGGUCGCACUUUGCCUUGCAUGGUAGCUUUGACGUCAAUGCUGGAAGAGGGUGCUGGACCAUUGGAUGGAUUGUUUUAUGUUCAAGGCAUUUAAUUUUGUUUCUUUUUCUCAUGUAUUAAGAGGGACUGAUUGGGAGAAGUGCAGGAUUGAUAAGUUUGAAAUGUCAAAAAAAAAUAACUGGCUGUCUUUAAUUUUAAA